GGCGGAGCGACUUCCAGGGAGACCCCGCUAAGGAAGUUUCCCGUUCCCGCGGCGCCGGACUUGCGGCUCUGGCUUUGGCCAAGCGUUUGCUGCGCGCUGAUAAGAGGACGAGCGCCGGGGACAGCCAUGAGCAACAAGUACGAUGUGGUCGUCGUCGGGGGAGGAAUCUCAGGUAUGUCAGCAGCCAAGUUACUAUCCAAAUCUGGACUUAAUGUUGUGGUUUUAGAGGCUCGUGACCGAGUUGGAGGACGAACAUUCACAAUUAGAAACAAGCAAGUGGACUAUGUUGAUGUUGGUGGAGCCUAUAUUGGACCUACUCAGAAUCGAAUUCUGCGACUGGCUAAAGAACUUGGCAUAGAAACAUACAAAGUAGAUGUUCUCAAGAGGAGUAUCUUACAUAUAAAUGGGAAAUCCUAUCCAUUUCUGGGUGCCUUUCCUUCACUAUGGAAUCCUUUAGUAUACCUGGAUUUUAACAACUUUUGGAGGACCAUGGAUGAAAUGGGGAGAGAGAUUCCUGCUGAAGCACCCUGGGAUGCCCCAAGUGCUGAAGAAUGGGACAGAAUGUCCAUGAAAGAACUCAUUGACAAAAUUUGCUGGACAAAAGCUACAAGGAAUUUUGCUCUUCUCUUUGUGAACGUCAAUGUCACUUCUGAACCACAUGAGGUCUCUGCUCUCUGGUUUCUGUGGUAUGUCAAGCAAUGUGGAGGAACUACCAGGAUCUUUUCUGUAAGCAACGGUGGACAGGAGAGGAAGUUUGUUGGGGGUUCUGGACAAAUUACAGAGAGGAUAAUGGAACAACUCGAAGGCAAAGUUAAGCUGGAGAGACCAGUAGUCUACAUCGAUCAGUCAGGUGAUAAUGUCAUUGUGGAGACAUUAAACCAUGAGAUAUAUGAGGCCAAUUAUGUGAUAAGUGCUAUACCACCAGUCUUAACCCUAAAAAUUCAUUACAAGCCAGAACUGCCAACAAAAAGAAAUCAGUUAAUCCAGCGGCUCCCAAUGGGCUUUGUUAUUAAGUGUAUGAUGUACUACAAGGAAGCCUUCUGGAAGAAAAUGGGUUUUUGUGGCUGUAUGAUGAUUGAGGAUGAAGAGGCUCCAAUUUCAAUAACCUUGGAUGACUGUAAACCUGAUGGAUCCAUACCUGGCAUUAUGGGCUUUAUUCUUUCAAGAAAAGCCUUUAGACUAGCAAGUCUUAGUGUCGAGGAAAGAAAGAGAAAAAUCUGUGAAUUAUAUGCAAAAGUGUUGGGAUCAGAAGAAGCUUUACAUCCAGUGCACUAUGAAGAAAAAAAUUGGAGUGCUGAACAAUAUUCUGGUGGCUGCUAUACAGCUUAUUUUCCACCUGGCAUUAUAUCCCAAUAUGGAAGGGUAAUUCGUGAGCCAGUUGGUAAGAUCUACUUUGCUGGCACUGAAACAGCCACCAAAUGGAGCGGCUACAUGGAAGGGGCAGUGCAGGCUGGAGAGAGAGCAGCUAGAGAGAUAUUAUGUAGCAUGGGAAAGAUUUCAAAGAAUGAAAUUUGGGUAAUGGAACCAGAAUCAAAGGAUGUCCCAGCUCAACCAGUUACUACAACAUUUUUGGAAAGGAACUUGCCAUCUCUUCCAGGACUGUUGAGAUUUCUUGUAUUUUCCUCUUUCUUCACUUCAGUGGCUGCAACCAGCCUCUUUGCUUUUAAAAGAGGACUUAUCUUUCAAAAGUGUACUUGAAGAAGGUUAAAUCUUUGUCUUCAUGCUGUGAAUGUUAUGGUUGAAGAGAAGUCUUUCAGAUAUUCUUUGAGACGCCUGAAUCAACCCAGCAAAACGAGUUUAACCAGUAUCAUUUUACAGUCGCAGAAUACACAGUAGUGAAGCAAUGGAGGGUUCUGUUUUCUUUCUAUAUUGAUUUUUCUUAAUCAACAGUCACUUCCCCCACCCCCCGCCCUCACCAGUAAGGAGAUCAAACUUUGCAAAUUUCCAAAUACCUUUUGAAAACUUCAACAAUGUUUGUUUUGUUUUUGUCUUGUUAACAAAUGAAUGCUGAAAGCUUUGUGAAGUAGUUUAUUCAGUUAGGUGUUUAUGCUGUCAAGUGCCUGCUGCACCUAGUUUACUGCUAGAGUUGCCAGUUCCCCUUCCCUCCUGGCCGGGGGAGUGGGUGACCUGGCAGGUACCUUGCUGGUCUCUUCUGUGUGCUCUUUGUGCAUGCACACUCUCAGCAGUCACAGUGACACUACUUCCAGAUGUGACAUCAUCGUACCUGGUGGUGGGCAUGCUCCUAACCUUCACAGAGACCAAAAGGCAUGCCACCAGGCACAGUGACAUCACUUGAGGAAGUGACAUCUUUGUGUCUGUGGGGAGCGCACCCACUGCAUGCUGGCCCAGGAGGUUUUUCACUGCCCAGGCUCAUUCCCUGCGGCUUUCCCCUACCACCAUCCAGGCAAGUGGCGAUGGGGGGUAGAAGCUGGGAGCAGGGGAUCCCUUGCCCCCACUAGGGGACUGGCAGCCCUAUUUACUGGCAUGUUAAAAUUUCAAAACCUGUUAAGUGUGUUUUCAGCACUUAAGUGUUGGGAUAUGAAAUAGCACCAACUUGAAUGAAGUUAAGCUGAGAAUGGGUUAAUGGUAGAAGUAUCAUAAUGAAGAAAAGAGGAAGGAGUGAGUGUUUGUAGAAGCUAUAUCAAGGAACAAGAAAUGGUGACGUAUUCUAGUUCCAUACUUGCUGUAUUUAUGAGAAGGCAGACAGUUUCUCAUUUAUUCCAAACAUAUUUGGUUUUAUUUCCCCUGGUUUCCUGGCAUAGACAUUUUCUAACUACACACAAAAUAAAUAUUUCAUCUUUAAAAAAAAUCAAAAUAGAAAUUAAGCAGAAAAGACAUUUAUGAAUUUUACUUUUUAAAAAUGUUUUUCUGCCACAAAAUGCAUUGAAUGAAUGGAGAUGGACUGCAUUCCUGGUUGAAGUGCCUUUUGUUAAAGAAGACCAUAGCAAUUGUAAAUAGUCCUUUUUUUCCUGAAAACAAGUCAUGUGAUACCUUGUAUUAAGACCAACCAAAAUGACACAGUGGACAGGCUUAGCCCAGAAUUCAUCAGACUAAAAGGGGAAGGGGAAGAUUUAUUUUGGGCCAUGAUCUUACAACCUCUUCAUCACAUACUGUGUACAAUGCUUUGCAGACUUCAGUAGGAGCAAGUUGUGCCUAAUAUCAAGUUGACAUACUGGGAAUGAAAAGCAAAAAAAAAAGAAAAGAAGAAGCUAUCCAGUAAUUGAUCAAAUGUCUUUCUGGUGCCAAAGAAAUUACAGAGGUUCCUUAAAGGCUGGAAGCCAAAACUUAUUAGUCCUUAUAUUUAGAACAGAGUCAAUGUAAGCCAAACUGUGGUACUGUUACCUAGAGAUCUUUCCAGGUUCUAUUUUCUCCAGUUGCAGUUAAUUUUUUUACUGAUUUUUUUAAAAAAAUCUGAUAAUCAAAGACCUCUAAUCCAGUGGUUCCCUACCUUUUGUAUAUGGUGUCCCACAUGUCCUAAUUUAUUUGGUUCAAUGACCCAUCCAUGGUCAACCAAAGGUUUUCUGGGAUCUAGGUGAAGUAUGACCUUGGUGCCCAUGUAGUCUAGCAUUCCAUUUUCUGGUGGUUAACCAGAUGUUUUUGAGAAGAAGCAUUCUAAAGUACACAACCUUUGCAUAUGUUGGCUACACUCCAGCCUUUGACCAGCUUCUUCUUCUCCAUUACUCCCUCUAAUCUUCCUUAAGUUUCCAAGGAACGUACUCUAGUAAUCAUCAGGACAAAUUUCACGUGAUUCUUCAUCAACCAACAUACAUAUGUGGUGGGUCAGGUCUUAAUUUCAAAAUUACAGGUCAAAGCCUUGCCUCAAAUUAAGCACCAGUCUUGGUUCUUAUAGGAGCCACUUCAGACAUAAUGAUUUUCCUUCAGAAAUAUUAUUCUAUGUAGGAAAAUGUGUAUACUUGUAAAGUUACUAGUUGCUAGAUAGCUCAACCUCCCCCCCCCCUAUUAUUGUUGUAAAAGGUGGGGGAAGUGAAAAUGUGAAAAGCUGGCAUGGAAGAAAAGAAGAGAAAGAGCAAUGCAAAGGGGAGGGGCAGCCAUUAGGAAGUACUGACCUGUGACACAGUUUCAGAGGCUUCCUAACCCACUUUGGGGCCCUGACCAACAGGAUGGGAAGAGACUAUUAGUGGAUUUAAAGGAAGUGUGAACGGCUGCAUUCCCUUACUGUAGGGAGAAAGGGAUGUACAGUUCAUUUUCUUCCUAGAUCUACAUAUUCACUUUCCCUAGUUUGAUUGUCUGGCAUAACAGCCUACCAGGUAUUAGAAACUGGGCCGUUUUCACACUCUUUAACA